ACCUGAUCUUGUAGUUAAUAAAAAAUAUCGAUUGUCAGUACUAGAUAAAAAAAAGGGAGUCUUUUCUUGAGAACAAUUGUCGACAUCAUGUUUCAACUGAGAGUUAUUGUUGUUGUACUAACUCUUAUUUCGGUAAUCCGAUGUUCGACAUUCCGUCAAAGACAAAAAACUUUAUUGCUUGAAAAAGAAACCGAUGACAAACGAAUUCCAAUUACAAUAGGUGCGAUUUUGCCCUUAUUUUCAUUUUUAAAAUUUCCUCGAGCCUAUAAUAAAUCUUUGGACGAUGCAACAAAAAGCAUCAAUGAAAAUAAAAGAUAUAAGUUUGGAUUUACUCAUAAAUAUAGAUUAGAGGCUCGAAAUACUAUGAUGGAUUUAUCGGCUAGCCCUCUAUCCGUUCUUAGAACUUUAUGUGAUUCUAUAUUAGCCCAUAACGUAUCUGCUAUCAUGUAUAUGACGAAUGCCCAGGUCUAUGGGAGUAAUGCUGCAACAGCACAGUAUAUGCUGCAACUAACUGGCUAUCUUGGAUUACCUGUGAUUGCAUGGAAUGUAGACAAUGUUGGUUUAGAACAGCGUGUUUCUGACUCAAGGAUUCUUCAGUUAGCACCUACAGUAGAGCACCAGGCACAAGUAAUGCUCAGUAUACUCCGAAGAUAUUCUUGGCAUACUUUUGCCGUCGUAACAUCCCGCAUUGGUGGCCAUGACAACUUUAUUCGAGCAAUCAGAGAUCUCACGCAACGAGGAUAUAUAAAGGACUUCAAAUUCGACAUCUUAAAUAUUGUUACACUGAAGUCUGAACAUAGAGAAGGUUACGUCAGUGAGUUGGAAGAUGUAGCUGAUUCCGAAGCAAGAAUAUUUUUAUUAUUUGCAACAAGAGAGGAAGCAGGAGAAAUAAUGUUAGCAGCGAAAGAUUUAGGAAUCACCGGAAAGAAUUACGUGUGGAUUGCAUCUCAAUCUGUUGUAGGAACUGAAAUUGAAGUUAAAAAAGAUCAAUUUCCCACGGGAAUGUUAGGCAUCUACAUCAACGUAACGAUGGAGAGAUGCUACUUAGAGAUGGAAAGGGCGGUCAAUAUAUUUGCUUAUGGCCUCGAGUCAUUUUAUCAAAGUCCAAGGGAUGCUAACGUGAGCCUUUUUCCUGAUCUCAGUUGUAAUGGUAAUGAACAACCAAGAUGGAACAGAGGUGAUGUCAUAUUCAGGCAUAUGAGAGAUGUAAACAUUCAGUACAGAAUACAGGGCAGGCCAAUUUCGUUCAACUUAGAUGGGACUCUAAAAGAUGUGGAGAUACAUGUUAUGAACCUUAAUCAAAAUGGAUGGGAACGGAUAGGUUUGUGGGAAGGCAAUAAAUUAGAUAUAAAAGACAUCGUAUGGCCAGGAAACAGUCCAGUUCCUCCACCAGGAGUACCUGAAAAAUUCAAUUUGAAGAUUACUUUUCUAAAGGAACCACCCUAUGUCAACUUGCUUCCUCCUGACAAUGAAACUGGAGAAUGCAAAACUAGCAGAUCUGUCAGAUGUAGAGUCGCACCGGAACAUAAAUUAGUUGGAAUAAACCACUCAGUUGCUGUAAGAAAUCCAGAUUUUUAUAAAUGCUGUUCAGGAUUUUGCAUUGAUCUUCUGCAAAAAUUUUCAGAUGAUCUCAAAUUUACAUAUGAUUUAUACCAAGUAGAAGAUGGAGCAUGGGGUGUAAUAACAGCUAAUGGUACAUGGAAUGGUUUGAUAGCAGAGAUUCUUAGUAAUAAAGCAGACAUAGUGGUAACAUCUAUAAAAAUUAACUCUGACAGACAAAAAGCUGUUGAUUUUACAGUACCUUUUCUUGAAACAGGGAUAGCAAUCGUAGUUGCUAAAAGAACUGGUAUUAUAUCUCCGAAAGCUUUCCUAGAACCUUUUGAUACAUUUUCAUGGCUUAUGAUUUUACUAGUAUGCAUUCAAGGAGCAGCUUUAGCAAUAUUUCUCUUUGAAUGGUUAAGUCCUUAUGGAUAUGACAUGAAAAUGGCACCCCCAAGAGAACACAAGUUUUCAUUGUUUCGGACAUACUGGCUAGUCUGGGCUAUUUUAUUCGGAGCUGCUGUUAAUGUCGAUUGCCCUAGGGGAUACACGGCAAGAUUUAUGUCAAGUGUUUGGGCAAUGUUUGCUGUUGUAUUUCUUGCCAUUUAUACUGCCAAUUUGGCUGCCUUUAUGAUAACCAGAGAAGAGUAUUAUGACUUAACAGGGAUCGACGAUAAGAGGCUUGCCAAUCCUCGUCUCAUCGAGCCCCCAUUCCGUUAUGGAACAAUUCCUUAUGGUAACACUGAGGCUAUCAUCAAAAAGAAUAAACCCCACCUUUUUACAUGGAUGAGAAAGUUCAACAGAACAACUGUUUUAAAAGGAGUGGCAGCAGUUAAGAAAGGGGAUCUGGAUGCGUUUAUAUACGAUGCUACCGUGCUUGAAUAUUUAGCAGGUCAAGAUAAUGAAUGUCGAUUGUUGACUGUUGGAAGCUGGUAUGCCAUGACUGGUUAUGGAUUCGCCCUUUCAAAAAAUUCAAAAUACCUUAAUAUGUUCAACAAAGCUAUGAUUCAGUAUAGAGAGAACGGUGAUCUCGAGAGAUUACAGCGCUUCUGGUUGCAAGGAGCUUGCAAGCCAAAACACAAAAAGAGGAAUGUUAGCAAACCACUCGACGUAAACCAGUUUAUGAGUGCGUUCCUCUUACUCGGAUGUGGAGUUCUGUUCACAAUAAUGGUAUUAUUACUGGAACAUAUUUAUUUCAAGUAUAUUCGUAAACAUCUAGAAAAGACAGACAAAGGAGGUUUUCUGACGCUUAUUAGUCUGAGUAUGGGAAAGUCUUUAUCAUUUCGUGGAGCAGUGCAAGAAGCUACAGAUAUGAUUGUCCACCAUAAAUGUAAAAAUCCCAUUUGUGAUACAACAUUGAGGAAAACUCGACGUGAUCUCUAUAUGGCAAAAUUGAAAAUUCAAGAACUUCAGGCAAAAAAUAAUAUGCUCGGAAUUACUGUUGUAUCAUCAAAUAACGAAUUCAACUCCUCUGUUCCUCUCAAAACAAGAGAUAUGACAAGAAAUAUGAUUAUUUGUAAUGAAUCUCAACCCGGUUAUAAAACCCAUCCACUUCAUUCCUACGGCCCACAUUUCAUCAAAACAAGUACUACGCCAGCUCACGUUGCAGAGAUAGAAACUGUAUUAUGAUAACAUAAUCAAGAAAAAAAAUCAUAAUAAAGAUAAUUACUACAGCAAAUCAGCACCCAAUCGAAAACUGCGAAGAUUUCUGGUUUUGAAACAAUCAAAAUGGUGAUGAUUCAAUCAAAGUAAAAAUUGUAUCAGUAUUGGAUGAAAAGCCUUGAUCGCAUCAAAAAAUCUGGGUGAUCAUUAAAUAUCGUUUUUUGAUUCCUCUGUGUCUCUCACCUGAAUUCAUAUGCUCAAAAAGAAAAUUAUUAGCAAACUUCUAAUGUGUUCCUUAGGAAUUAGUUAGAAUGGUCUGUGAGUAAGUGUAUUGACUAUUUGAAAAUAAUACUGGAUGAUACUUUUUGUAUGUUUUUGAGAAAUCGCUAAUAAUGAUAAUGAACUUAUUAAAAAUGGAAGAUCGAAAAUCUUGAAUGUUGCAGGGAAGAAAUAUAAUCCCUCACUUAUACGAGGUUGAAAAGCAUUAUAACGUUUACUAAAAAUCAUUGUUUCAUUUAAUUUAUUUAAAGUCAAAUGCAUACUGAAGUUACUUAAUACUGAAAAGUAAAAUAUUUUUUCGGAAAUAAUAAUAUGUUGUAAAUUAAUAAUUGAUGAACCAAAAACAUUUACGUAUAUUUUCAUCAAUAUACUCUUAUUAUCUUUCAGUACUACAUUAUGAUAUGUAAUAUAUUAACAUAAAACAUUAAAAACAGUAACAUUAACAUUAUAAACAUCUUUGUUGUUUGAUUUCAGAGGGAAAAAAACAUUUCCUGAUUUUAUCUGAAAUAACGCCGUAAAACAAGACUUUUAUUACCGAGCGUAAAUUGUUUUAUCUAUAUUUAGUAAUGGUUUGAUAAGGGAAAAUGGUUCAAGCUUCAGAUACACUACUCAAAAAGAUAAUUAAAAAAAAAUUGAAAAAACACUAAUGGUGUUCUCCAUCUAAAAUAUCAUUAAUUUUGUUGAAAAGGUAAUUUUACCCUCGACAUGUACUUUACGACGAAAUGUUAAAAAUAUGUUUUUCAGCGAAGCACUUUUCCAUAAUUUUUUCACAAGUAAAUGAAUUAACUUUGUAAAGAUCGACAUUUUUCAUCAAGGGGAAAAAAAGGAGAAUUUUUUUUCAAUUUGUUGCGUUUAUUUUUAUUAUAUAUAGUGAGC